ACUGAUGGUUAUGGACGCUCGAGUGUAGAGACGACGGAAUAUAAUGAGUUUAAUAGAGAACAACACGGAGCAAUGCGGCAAUAGUCUGACCCGAGAGCUCACCCAGAAUCCUUUAAAGAAAAUAUGGGUGCCAUCCUCCAGAAACGGCCUUCCUGACAGGCACAUUAGUCAGAAAAAGGUAUGCAUGACAAACUGCCCUACGCUUAUAGUAACCGUCGGUCUGCCCGCCAGAGGAAAGACCUACAUCUCCAAAAAACUGACACGCUACCUCAACUGGAUUGAUGUUCCUACGAAAGAGUUUAACGUUGGCCAAUACAGACGAGAAUGUGUUAAGAUCUACAAAUCCUUUGAGUUUUUUCGACCAGACAAUGAAGAGGGGCUCAAAAUCAGGAAGCAGUGUGCACUGGCAGCUCUCAAUGAUGUCCGGCAGUUCCUCACAGAUGAAGGUGGACAGGUGGCGGUUUUUGAUGCCACAAACACGACAAGAGAAAGAAGAGACACAAUCAUCAGAUUUGCAGAGCAGAACGGUUUCAAGGUGUUCUUUGUAGAGUCUGUGUGUGAAGACCCUGACGUUAUCGCUGAAAACAUUGUGCAAGUGAAGCUGGGCAGUCCAGACUACACACACUGUAACACAGAAGAGGCCGUCGCUGACUUUAUGAAGAGGAUAAAGUGUUAUGAGAACUCCUACCAACCCCUGGAUGAGGAACUGGACCGGGAUCUUUCCUUCAUAAAGAUCAUUGAUGUGGGCCGAAGGUACCUAGUGAACCGGGUUCAGGACCACAUACAGAGCAGAAUAGUUUACUACCUCAUGAAUAUCCACAUCACGCCGCGGUCCAUCUACUUGUGCCGGCAUGGAGAGAGUGAUCUGAACAUUAAAGGCCGAAUCGGAGGAGAUUCAGGGCUUUCAGCAAGGGGAAAGAAGUAUGCUGAGACUUUGGGUCAGUUUAUCCAGUCGCAGAAUAUUCACGAAUUGAAAGUGUGGACGAGUCAGAUGAAGAGGACCAUACAGACGGCAGAAGCUGUGGGCGUACCGUACGAACAGUGGAAAGCUCUCAAUGAGAUCGAUGCCGGUGUCUGUGAGGAGCUCAUGUAUGAGGAGAUCCAGCAGCGAUAUCCGCUUGAGUUUGCAUUACGGGACCAGGAUAAAUAUCGAUACCGCUAUCCCAAAGGAGAGUCCUAUGAAGACUUGGUCCAGAGGCUGGAACCCGUGAUCAUGGAGUUAGAAAGGCAGGAAAACGUUCUGGUCAUCUGUCAUCAAGCCGUCAUGAGAUGCUUGCUGGCCUACUUUCUGGACAAAACAGCAGAGGAAUUGCCUUAUCUGAAAUGCCCUCUACACACAGUAUUGAAGUUAACACCAGUGGCCUAUGGUUGCAAGGUGGAGUCGAUUGAUUUGAAAGUGGAAGCUGUGAACACACACAGAGACAGACCGACGAACGUAGAUGUGUCUCGGCUGGCGGAAGAGGCUUUGUUAACAGUACCAGAUCAUCACUGAACGUUCCUCACAACAACAUUAUCUCAUUCCCAUUUUAUUCCAAUCCUAAAAUGCAUUUGACACCUCAGAGAUUAUGAAGCACUUGAGUCAUUCAGAUUUGUGUUCUUGUGUUUAAUAUUAAAUUGCACUUUAUUCUAAAUGCACACAUAUAUACAUAUGAAUUCAUCUGCUGCUAUGAAAGAUCACUCCAGAGGCACAUUAUAUUUAUUUAUGGUAAAUUAGGAUGAGGAGUUAUGUAUUCAUAAUGUAGGAAUGUCUAUCAUGUAUAUAAGAGCAGUGAUAUUUUUGUUGCUAUCAGAGCCUUAUGGUGCUUUCGGAUGAAGGACGUUUUUAAAUCAUUUUACUUUUUUAUUGUAGUAAUUUAUCUUUUUGAAACACUAAGGAAUCAUGCUAUGAUAAUGUGAACCCUCUUCUUGUGAGUGAGAAGAGUAAAUCUCUACUGUGAUGUCUGUUUGCGAUGCUAAUAAACUAUUGGAAUAGUGAAA